AAACAGCCAAAACAAGAAAGAAAAAAAGUUGUUUACGGUUCUUUUCGUUCACUUCAAUCGCCGAAAAAAAAUUCCGCAAUUCCUCACAAAAUGUCCAACAUUUCCGCGAGUUCUACAUCUUCGGCGCAAGCCGCGCCCUCAAACAAAAUCCCCAACCAGCCAGCCCCUCCCAACUCGAUCGUUCUGGAGCAAAACGGCGAAAAGCGGAUACUGAAAAAGAUCAAACUGCUAAAGGGACCGCCCAAGUUCCGAGCGAAACCACCGGAACCGGCGAAAAAAGUGGAACCACCCGCGGUGGCCGCCAAGAAGAUGUUCGUGUGCACCUUCUGCCAGAGCCGGUUCGACUGCCACGGGAAGCUGCGGGUGCACUUUCUCAAGCAUGGAUCGACGCAGGUUACGGGGAAGAAUCCGGAACGGUCCGCGCUCGUGCUGAUUGAGUGCGAGUGGUGCCCGGAGACGUUCACGACGAUGUCGAAGGCGAUCGAGCACAAAUACCGGAAGCACAAUUACGAGGCGAAAAACUACUUUUGCAAGCUCUGUGGCCGGUUGUUCCCGCUGAGGGUGGCCCUCGAGCAGCACCAGGCGCUGGAGCACAAGGGGGAGACGGUGGAGGAGGAUCCCCGGCAGGACUUUAGCUGUGGCUUCUGCGGCACCGCCUUCAGCGCGCAGGACGCGCUCGAGCUCCACGUCCGAACCGCCCACAACCUGGAGAAGCGCAUGAUGGCCCAUCCGUUCGUGCCGACGCCGUCGAAAAAGGUCCGCCUCAACCAGGCCGGCGAAAUAAUCUCCAUUUACUAUUGCCACCUGUGCGGGUCGGAAUACAUGCUUAAAUUCAACCUCCUCAAACACAUCGAAGACCACCACCCGUACGAGGAGCGGUGCGCCAUCCCGGAAGAUCUGCUCAAGUGCUCGACCUGCGAUUCCAUGUUCUGUACGAAAAAAGCCUUCGACGCCCACAACGUGCACCACAAGCCGGAAGACCUUUACGUCACCAGCGAGGAGCACCGCCUCAACAUCGUGGCCCGCGUCGACCAGGACUUUGACUUCCGGCGCGUGCCCACCGCCAUGGACAGGGCGCUCGGAUCGACGACGGCGACGGCGGGUGGCGGGACGGACUCGGCGGCGACACUGGCCAAAAAGCACCGCGCCAAGGCGAAAAAGCGAAAGUCUGCGUCGGCGACGGCGACGGCAACGGCCACGACGGUGCUGGAUUUGAUGGCCGGAAGUGGCGCGGCCCAGGGCGAACCCAGUCCGGCACUGGAGGCGCUCAAGAUGCUGCUCGGAGAGUGAGGUAGGAUCGGGUUGUGUGAGGAAAUGGACGAUUAAAAUCAAAUAAUAAAUAUUUCUACUCAAAAUUUA